CCUCAGCCCAGCCCACGCAGUUACUGCGAUAGCAAGGACAACCAAGAACAGGCAAAUGAGUUUUGCCAUGGCUAUACUAUGCAAGCUAGGUUGCUGCUUUGUCUUUCGAUUCUAGAUCUAGAUUGGUAUAAUAUAGGAGUCCUAUGCUAUGGUCGGGUUUAUAUAUGGCCGGCCUCAUUUAAUGAAGAUUUCCGUGCAUAUCUGUGUAGAUAUGACACCACAUCAAACAACAAAUGCAUACAUUAAAUGCACACCUAUAGGAUACGUCACUACGUCAUUGACUUCAAAUAUACAUUCACCGAAUUAUCACAUCUAUAGGAUACACCAUGAUAAAAUACUUUAAAAUACAUAUACCAGAUCAUAUCUAGGAGAUGGCACACUGAAAUAUGCCAAUGGAUAGAUAUGUAGUUUCCCUAUUAUCCGUACAAUAUGCCAAAUCAAAUAUAGGAAAUUGUAUACUGACGAUAGUGGGUAUAUACAUGUCUAUUUAUGUAGAAUACAGGACCGUCCGCGUCACAUGUUUGUAGCUUUGUUUAGUUUUCCCUUUGAGCAAAUGAUGUUUUUAUAUUAAUACACAACGGUUUAAAUAUUUAUUUAAAUAGAAAAAUAUACUUCGUUUAUAUGUGAUAUUUACAGACUGAUUGUUCCGAUGGAAUGCGUUCUCAAGGUCUAUCCCGCACAAAUGAGAUGGGCGGUAUCAUUUACUCUCAGCCGCUGCUCUGGUGCGUUUGAGUCGGAAGCCUUUGCUUGCAGGGAAGGGCUGCGCCUGGCAGUGUCUUAUUCUGCAGCUCCGAUUUAGAGUAUUCUCACGCUGCGGCUGUGCGGCCGCUAUCUCAGGCGAUGUUUUUGAAGAUUUGCUCAUUUGCUAGCUUGUUCUUGUAAAUAUGCUGGAUCCACGUAUAAUAUCAUCUAUUUCUUUCGAAAAAGAGGACAUUCUUCGGCCUCUGCAUCGAUCGAUGCACGCCCUUUUCCAUCAAAAGAGGAAAAGAAAACACUCUGCCAGCUACGUCGACUACGGCUUUGGCCAGGCUCUAUCCCUCCCUCAUUUUGUUCUUCUCGAACAAUACUGUAUCUCUACCAAUAUUUGCCAGUCAUCGAGUGUUGCGAACCGAGAUCCUGUCACAAAUUCUGACAGUUUCUAGCAGUUUAAGGUACGUACGUUUCUUUCUCGCAAAAAAAAAGUUCACGGUACGUUCCUGCUCUCUGUCUUGUUUGAACUGGAUAGGUACGUUCAUGCGCCGUGUAUAUCCUACUAGUUGUAGGACUCGGAGUCCUCGACCUUUUCUUGGUCCAGUCCGAGACUACCAAGUCCUCUCCCUAAAUAAGACGCGCGGUCUACCUCUCGUGCAAACUCUGUUCAAGUUUAAAGUCCAACAACACCCGUGAAGCCGUACAGUUAACCCAUCGCCGCCUACUUACCUUUGCCGGUCAUGGCGGCUAACAACAGCUCGACCGCAGCAGGGGGUCACCUAACCCAGAUCUGCAGGUCGUUACACACCACGGAGGACGUCACCGCGACGCUCGAUCUCGAGGUGGCCGGCUACAGCACGCGGCUCGUCGGCAUGGGCGCCGGCGAGUCCGUCGGCUCGGAGACGUUCAGCGUCGGCGGACACGACUGGGACAUCCGGUUCUUCCCGGACGGAGACGGGCACGACGACUGCGCCGGCAGGGCCGUGACCUACCUGCGCUACCUCGGCCAAUCCAAGGAGAAGAUCAGGGCCUGGUCAGCGAUGAGCGUGCUGGCGAAAGACGGACGGCCGGUGGCCAGCGUCGAGGCGAGGGAGCUCUUCUUUGCUCCGGACGACAUGAACGGGGGCGACCCCUUGUUCCUCAGCAAAUCCAUGCUCAAAUCGCUCUCGGAGCUCGGCGGCGACGACGACGGGUUCACGAUCCGCUGCGUGCUCACCGUCCGGACCGUGUCGGGCGGCCCGCCGACGGAGUUGCCCGGCCAGCUCGAGCGCGUGCUCUCGGAGGGGACCGGCGCCGACGUCACGUUCCGUGUGGGCGGACGCAAGUUCCGCGCUCACAGGGCGCUCCUGGCGGCGCGGUCGCCGGUCUUCCGGGCUCAGCUCUUUGGCCCGGCGGUGGAGGAGAAGAAGGGCGUGAGGCGGCGUGUCAAGGUCGUCGGCGUCGAGCCGGCCGUCUUCCAGAUGAUGCUUCACUACAUCUACACUGACUCGCUGCCGCCGUGCGCGGGCGACGAUGAAGUCGCGGUGCAGCAUUUGCUGGUCGCCGCCGAUAGGUACGGACUGGAUAGGCUGAAGCUGAUGUGCGAGGAAGAGCUGAGCAAAAGAAUCGAGGUGGACAACAUCGUAAGCACGUUCGCGUUGGCGAAGCGGCAUCACUGUAAGAGGCUCAAGGACGCAUGCCUGAUGUUCAUGACGCUGCCGGAUGUCCUUGACGUCGUCCUGGAGACCGACGGGUUCAAAGCGCACUUCAUGACAUGCCAACCAAUGGAUUUGGAGGGGGGAUGUAAAUAGGAGUUUUCCCUGUUUCUCAU